CGUCAUUUUCCAUCCCAUACCGCCCGACCUCUCUCGUUGCCGCCUUCCGGGUCUCGAGUGUGCCAUUCCCCCCUCCUCUUCGAUAAAAUCACAAGUCAGCUCCCUCGCUUUGGUUGACAUUUUCUUCUCCCUUUGCCUUCCAGUAACCGACCAACCCGUUUUUAAUCGCCAACCUUUUGGAACCCGUGUCGCAUCACCCCUUCACUGCUUUCACCCUGUCCCUCACUCUUUCGGGGCAUUCUAUCGCUUGGCACUUUACGAUCAUCAACUUGGUUUUGGGGAAUUCUCUUGGAACCUCCACCACAUACACAUCACAAGAUGAAGUCUGUCGCUGCCAUCUCGGCCCUUGCGGCCUUGACCGUCGUCUCGGCCAAGCCUACUGCUACUGAGCGUGAAGCCCCCAUCAAGGCUCGCUCCCUCCCCGUCGUUUCUGCUUCGGGCAAUGCUUUCUACGCCGAUGGCACUCGCUUCUACAUCCGUGGUGUCGACUAUCAGCCCGGCGGAUCGUCUGAGAACGUCGACCCUCUUGCCGAUACCACCAUUUGCGGCCGUGACAUCCCCAAGUUCAAGGACCUCGGCAUCAACACUAUCCGUGUCUACAGCGUCGACAACUCCAAGGACCACAAGGAGUGCAUGCAGCAGCUCGCCGACGCUGGCAUCUAUCUCGUCGCCGACGUCAACAACCCCAAGUACUCGAUCAACCGCGCUGACCCCCACCCCUCGUACAAUGCCGUCUACCUCCAGAGCGUUUUUGCCACCGUUGAGGAGUUCGCUCAGUACGACAACACUCUUGCCUUCUUCUCCGGAAACGAGGUGAUCCACGACGAGGCCAACACUACCCUGACCGCUCCCUACGUCAAGGCCGUCACCCGUGACAUCAAGAACUACAUGGCCUCCCGCGGCCUCCGCCACGUCCCUGUCGGGUACUCGGCCGCCGAUGUUGCCGACAACCGCAUGCAGAGCGCUGCCUACUUCAACUGCGGCAGUGAUGAUGCCCGCAGCGACUUCUUCGCUUUCAACGACUACUCGUGGUGCAGCUCCAACUUCAAGCAGGCUGGCUGGGAUGUCAAGGUUAAGAACUUCACCGACUACGGUAUCCCCAUUUUCCUGUCUGAGUAUGGCUGCAACACCAACACUCGUACCUUCAAUGAGUUGGAGGCCCUCAUGAGCGACGAGAUGACUGGCGUUUACUCCGGAGGUCUCAUGUACGAGUACUCGAUGGAGGCCAACAAGUACGGCAUCGUCGAGAUCUCUGGCAACAACGUGGAGGAGCUUGACGAGUAUGCCAACUUCAAGAGCGCCCUGUCCAAGUAUCCCACCCCUACCGGUGACGCCGGAGCCGCCAAGACCUCUCACGCUGUCGACUGCCCUACUUCCGACUCCGUCUGGAUGGUCGACCCUACCAGCAUCCCCACCAUCCCUGAGCAGGCUGAGAAGUACAUGACUGAGGGUGCUGGUGAUGGCCCUGGCCUGAAUGGCGAUGGCUCCCAGACCGCUGGCGACAGCGCGUCCGAGGGCGAAACCACUGGCGGCACUGCCUCCCCCACCGCUUCCAGCGCCGGCUCUUCUGGCUCUGGUGCUUCCGGCUCCUCGAACGCCGCCCCUGGCAUGACCUUUGGCGGCCCCAUUGAGAAGGCCCCUCUGGCCAUCGCCGGUCUUGCCACCCUGUUCACAAUGUUCGGUGCCUUCUUGUUGUAAGAAUCGAAGCCAGAGUCAUGGCCCAGCCAUUGCGCUGGAUGUACAAACGAUAUCCAGAGGGCACUUGCUCUCAAUUCGCACGAAGCACUAGAUUUGAUGUGCGGUUUUGCCGCUAUUUCAUUAGUUUAUCAAUGACACCCAGGAUCAGUCAUCUGGCUGCCUGAAUAUUGAAUAUUAUCACAU